AAUGUGUAUUGCCAGAUUCAAGGCUUUUUUCUUACCACUGCCGUUGAGGCGUCGGAUUUUGCAGUUCUCAUGAUCGCCGUGCAUUCUGCACUUUACAUUCUCAGGAGCCAACGAGCAGGAGGAGAAACUGGCCUACAACCCUAUCGAUGGUAUGCCUACGCCCUUUGGCUUGUGGUUCCUCUCAUCCUCGCGGCAAUUGUGCCGAUCACGGGCGCUCGUUUUGAGGACAACGGCCCCUUCUGUUAUUUGCCACAACAGAACAACUGGUACCGUGUCUACCUGAGCUGGGUCCCUCGUUAUAUCAUCUUCGGGGUCAUCUUUUUAGUCUACACAUUUCUUUACAUAUAUAUCGCAUGGAGGUUCCGAAGAUUGCGACGGGAUCAGAGGCGCGCCAGCUUUGAGAGCAGUACAGCACCGAAACUUAGUUGGCGGAAGCGCCCGGUACCGAGUCGUGCUACGCCUCCCAUACCACCACUUGCUUACCACGGAUUAUUGGAUACGUCCUCGUUUCAAACUCCAGAGGUAGAACAGCGGAGCAGACAGCAUUCCGUCACUUCUGAGGUCAGCACUCUCAAGUUGCCCGACUACAUGCCCACGCCCGUCGCUCCCCAGCAGGUGAAGCCUCGCAGUGAUAGGGCAUUCGCUUGGAAUUGGGAGGACGCAGAAUAUGAAAGCAGUUCGGGAUCGCCCGAGCUUCAAUACGAAACGGGCUCAACUAUGCUCUCGCCAACAAUCGAAGACGUCUCGGCCGGAUUGCCCCGAAUCAAUACUCCGGCUCCGGUCCUACAACAUCCAUCUCAAUCGGACGUUGCUCCAGUGAAUAUGCCGCAUUCAAAUGGCUUAUCUUCAAGGCAGUCGACGUCGAGGCACUCUUGGCAGAGGCCUUUAUCAUCUGGCCGCAUAACGGUGGAACAUUCAGAGCCAGCAAUUUUCGAUAAGCUAUAUAAAAGGCCUACAGAGCCUACGGACGACGCACCGAGCAGCUCAUCUCCUUCACUCUAUCUGCCAAUGUCUAUUACCGAAGAUACGCUUCGCAAAUCCCGCCAGAAAAUGAACCGACAACUGAGGUUACUGUUUGUAUAUCCGGCCAUUUACAUACUUGCGUGGAUCGCCCCAUUCAUCUCACAAAUAUACAGAUAUGAGGCGGUCCCAUGGAAUUCAGUCGCACCGCAGCCGUUUGGAUUAUUCAUGGUCAGUGUUGCGAGCUUGUGUAUCGGAGCCGCUGUCGAUUGUUGCUUCUAUAGCGCAUGGGAGAAGCCGUGGCGACAUUCGAAAUGCGGUUUUUGGCAAGGGUUGGCGAUGAGGCUCAAGAUUAGGCGCCGACCGCACAGAGGAGUGGGCGGUAGAUCAAGGGAGGAGGAACGACGAGAAGCUACUGCCGCUAUCGACCGACGGAAUGUGGAACAGGCCGAACGGCAAGCUGCAGCUGCUCUCCAAAGCACCAGCACAACGAAGGCUCCAAGGCAAUGGUGGGAUAUUGAUGACGAGUACGAACUUUAGAAGGAUACCAAGAAAGACAGGUCAUGGCAGGCGUCUAUACCUGAUCACUGCAUUUACAUUUUUGGGGCGCAUUAGGAAGCUCCAGAGCAAUGGGAUACGCAUCGGGCGGCGUUCAGGGCAUCGGGUGUGGUUAGUAUCUACCACCAUAUUGGGCAUGGGACUUUGAGCGCCUGCUAGUACAUAGAAUUGAAUGUAAUGUAUAUAUAUACAUAUAUUGUCUCCAGAUAGGAG